CGGGCGAACGACAAACCCAUAAGACCAAACAAAUGUAAACGCCUUCGAAGACCCGAGCCCAAGCUAGCUUCGACAACGAGUGCGAUCUAAGCCUGACUUCAGUUCAACAAUUGCUCCUCGUUUCCAUCUCGUUAGAGGAAGUAUGCCAACAUCUCUGGGGCCCCGAUCCCCUAUUUCGCGGUCUGGAGCAGUAUCUCCUCAACCACCUAGACCCUCAUUCGAUACCGAGGUGUUGCGAGCCUACGUGAAGAAACUCCUGCCAGCAACGCUUUCACAUGCUGUAUGGUCAUCUAUUGAGCGAGACCAAGUGAAAUCGUGGAUGAAGGAGAUAGGAGAUCGCGUCAAAGAGAGGAUGGUGGAAAUUCAGCCACAUGGAUUUAAGUAUAUUGUCUUGGUUCAGAUCACAGAGAAUAUGGGGCAGGGUGGCCGGUCCCAUAUGGUGUGUCACUGGGAAGAUGGCGAUAUCUGCUUGAACGAACUUUUUUACAAUGACUCAUUAUUCUGUACAUGUACCGCCAUCGCAGUGCGAACUUCGUGACAUCUCUUUGGACUGCCGUGACUCCCCGUUCAAAGUCAAUAAUUCUGGGCUUAAUUCCCGCGCACUCGAUACCCGUAAUCUCUCCCACUAAAACCACGAUAUGUCACGAAAUUGCAUAAUUACUACACUUUAUUCGAGGACUAUGCGAUCUCAUCAUGGAA